AUGGAGAUGCUGCCAUUGGAUGUUGGCAAUGUGCUGCUGGAGGACGUGGUGAAGAGGCAUGGCAAGCGCCUGUCUCCGGCCAUGAUCGCCGCUUUCAAAGAAUGCGCGAGCCGCAUAGCCCUGGAUGGCUGGGGCGCGUCCCACGGAGGGGGGCAAUGGCUGGCAGAGAUAGCUCAGUACAGGCACCUGACUUCACUUAAGAUGAACAACUGCAGUUUGUCACACAAGGCAAAAAGCAACUACUUGUAUCUGCUUGAAGGCCUUGCAGACAAGCUGAUCACCCUUCAUCUUCAACGAUGCGGAUGCUUCACACAGUCAGCUUUGCAUCACAUUUCACAAUGCCACAAGCUGCAGGAUCUCGAUCUGUCAGGUCAGACGAAUUUGAUGACCCUUGCUGCAGGCAUGCCGUGA